AUGUCGACGAAGCACACGUACAAGCCCACAGGGCCCUUCGCUCCUCAGUACAUCCAGGGUGUUUAUGCUCCCUCGGCAAUUCUGAUCGUCGGAGCCGUCCUGGUCAACAAGACCUUGGUGCCUGUUGCCAUCGCCAUUGCUGCCGCUCUCGCUGGCUACCAGUUCUUCAACAACCAGGUCAAGAAGGUGCUUGAUCCCACCACUUUCCAGCAGUUCCCCUUGACCGAAAAGAUUGUCCUCUCGCACAACACGGCCAUCUACCGCUUUGGCCUUCCCAGCCCCACCUCCAUCCUCGGCCUGCCCAUUGGCCAGCACAUCUCUCUGGCUGCCACCCUGCCCGUCAAGGACCCCAAGACUGAGAUCACCUCUAACAAGGAGAUCCUGCGUUCUUACACUCCCAUCACCGAUGACACUACUUCUGGCCACUUCGAUGUCCUCAUCAAGAGCUACCCCACCGGAAACAUCAGCAGACACGUCGCUGAGAUGAAGAUUGGCGACACCAUCAAAGUCAAGGGUCCCAAGGGCGCCAUGGCCUACCAGCCCAACAUGGUCAGCCGCUUCGCCAUGAUCGCUGGUGGCACUGGUAUUACCNCCAUGUACCAAAUCUCAAAGGCUAUCCAACGUGGCCGUGCUUCGGGCGACAAGACUCAGGUUGAUCUGAUCUUCGCCAACGUCAACCCCGAGGACAUUCUUAUGAAGGACGAGCUCGACCGCAUGGCUCGUGAGGACAGUGGCUUCAGAGUCCACUACGUCCUCAACAACCCUCCCGAGGGUUGGACAGGUGCAANNCACUGCCCUGCUCCCUCGCCCGACAUGAAGAUGCUCAUCUGUGGACCUCCUCCUAUGGUUGCUGCCAUGAAGAAGGCUGCCGAGGGCCUUGGCUACCAGAAGGCUAGACCCGUCAGCAAGCUCGAGGACCAGGUCUUCUGUUUCUAA